CGGCGUCGGAGGCGCAGGCCGCUGCGGUGCUGGCGGGUGGCGGCGGCGGCUCCGGUCCCCUCCGGUCCGCGGUGGCCGUCCCCGUUCCCGUUCUCCCCUUCCCUCCCCGCCGCGCAGCGGCUCCUGAGCUCCGGGCGAUGCCCCCGGGGCUGCGGUGAGGAGGGAGAACUCCGCCAUGGAGGUGCCGGGACAGGGUAGUGGACCGCUGACCGUCCCCCCCGAACCCGGUAACGAAACGCCGCCUCCCGUUGAGGUUUCCCUCUCUGGGGCGGCUCAGGGAAACGAAGACGGGCGGUUGCGGCCCGGUGCUAAGCGGGUAACGUUUCCCUCCGACGAGGAUAUCGUCUCCGGGGCGGUGGAGCCCAAGGACCCCUGGAGACACGCUGCUGUUCCCCUUGUGUGGGAAGACGGGACGUGAAGCCUCGCCUGGGAGAAGAAGCAGCAGCAGCAGGAUGCUCCCGAGCAGAGGCAAAGAGUUAAGAGAUCUCAUUUGGUGACCUCGGGGAUGGAGGCUUUCUGCCGGUGCCUCGUCAGCUGAGCGGCUGUGGUUUGUGUUUUCCAGUGCCUGUGCCGUCGCUGGAGCAGGUCCUGGUGAAGCCGGCGGCUGCUCUGCCAGGAGCUGUGGGCUAAAAUUAGUAGAAAAUUAGUGGAUGAAACACAUCGAGCUACACAGGAGGUUGGGAAAUACCCUCAAUAUUGCUCUUUGGAUCUUAAUCCGCCGAGCAAUAAUAAAGAGAUUAAUCAAUAAGCCCAGAACGUGACUGUCGAUGAAAUCAUGACCGCCUACAAGCAAGCCUGCCAGAAGCUGAACUGCAAGCAAAUACCCAAACUACUGAAACAGAUACAGGAAUUUAAAGAUCUGGCUCCCAGGAUAGACUGCUUAGAUCUGAAAGGGGAGAAGCUGGAUUACAAAGCCUGCGAGGCGCUGGAAGAAAUUUUCAAGCGGGUCCAGUUCAAAAUUGUCAAUUUGGAGCAAACGAGCUUGGAUGAAGACGGUGCCUCGGCGUUAUUUGAUAUGAUUGAGUAUUAUGAGUCAGCAACGCACCUCAACAUCUCCUUUAAUAAACACAUCGGCACCCGAGGCUGGCAGGCAGCUGCCCACAUGAUGAGGAAGACAAACUGCCUGCAGUACCUGGAUGCCCGAAACACGCCCUUGCUGGACCACUCGGCGCCCUUCGUGGCGCGUGCCCUCCGCAUCAGCAGCAGCCUGAUCAUCCUGCACCUGGAGAACACCAGCCUUUCGGGACGCCCGCUCAUGCUGCUGGCCACGGCUCUGAAGAUGAACAUGAACCUGCGGGAGCUGUACCUGGCCGAUAACAAGCUGAACGGGCUGCAGGAUUCGGCUCAGCUCGGCAACCUGCUGAAGUUCAACAGCUGCAUACAGAUACUCGACCUGCGGAACAACCACAUCCUGGACUCAGGCUUGGCAUACAUCUGUGAAGGGCUGAAGGAGCAGCGGAAAGGGCUGGUCACUCUGGUUUUGUGGAACAACCAGCUGACUCACACCGGCAUGGCCUAUCUGGGGAUGACGCUGCCUCACACGCAGAGCCUGGAGACCUUGAACCUGGGCCACAAUCCCAUUGGGAACGAAGGCAUCCGCAACCUGAAGAAUGGGCUGAUCGGGAACCGCUCUGUCCUUCGCCUGGGCUUGGCGUCCACCAAACUGACCUGCGAAGGUGCUGUGGCAGUGGCGGAAUUCAUCGCGGAGAGCCCGCGGCUCCUUCGCCUGGACCUGCGAGAGAAUGAGAUCAAGACGGGUGGCCUCAUGGCGUUGUCGCUGGCUCUGAAGGUCAACCACUCACUGCUGCGCCUCGACUUGGACAGGGAGCCCAAGAAGGAGUCGGUCAAAAGUUUCAUCGAAACCCAGAAGGCUCUCCUGGCCGAGAUCCAGAAUGGCUGCAAGCGCAACUUCAUCCUGGCCAAAGAGAAGGAGGAGAAGGAACAGAAGCUGCAGCAGUCGGCCUCGAUGCCGGAGAUCACCGUGACGGAGCCUCUGGAGGAGGAUCCGGCAGAGGACGGCCGAGACGGCAGUGCUACCUCUGCUCCGGAAGAGGGGGAAGAAGCCGGGGAGACCCUGACGGCCUCAGAGAAUGUGGACACGGAGUCAGCGGAGGACGGCGAUGAUGGAAACAACAUGAUGGACUCUGAUUCGGACACGGAUGAGGAGGCGGACGCUGGGUUAGAGACGAUGGACUUGAGUGAAAUGCUGCCGAAAAGCCCCGACUCCACUGACAGUGCUACCGCACCCCAGCCGCAGCUGUCCCCGGAGAAGCCGAGGGAUCAGCUGCCCCCCCUGCACAUCGCCGAGGAAUCGCAGCGUGAUGCUGGCAUGGGGAGUCCUGCCAUCUCUCCAGCCUCCGCACCCUCCCAGGGAAAUGAGAGAAGGAUUUCGGUUUCCAGUCCUGGGCGAGGCCAUAAAAUCUUCGUGGUGACGCGAGUGGAGAGCCUGCCGGAGCGAGCUGCCAAUGCUGUGUGCCCACAGGAGGACACCACUGCUGUCGCGAAAUCCGUUGAGUCCCAGAACCUGGCUCCGGCCACAAAACCUGAACUCCUGGCACCCUGGGCAAACGGAACAGUUCCUGAAUCUGCUGCUGGCUUGGCAGCCCUGCCAGCAAUGCUGAGCAUCGGUUCCGACCCUGAGCAGGGUGACCCUGCGGUCUGCGAGAGCUUGGCCCGCAACACUCCCCUCCCCAACGGGCUGAAGAUGGAUUUUGUGCGAGCACUGCCGGAGGCAUCCUCAGAUGGCGAUGGCAAAAUGGGGAGCUGUGCUGCCGAGCACGAGCUGAGCUGCUCCAAGAACGAGCAGGAGCUGGAGGAACUGCUCCUCGAGGCCAGCCAGGAUGCGGGGCAGGAGCCCCUGUGACCCCAGGUUCUCGGGGACACUCGGCAUCGAGGGGAGGCUCUGGCGUAGCUUCAUUCUCUUCCCACUCCACACAACGAUUUAAGAAACCAACCUCGGACUUCAGGACAAAGGGUUAUAUUCAAAUUUUCUUUUUCCCCAAAACAGUUGUUUCCUGCUCCCGGACUCUCUUCCCCAGGGACCCGAUUCGCCUCCCCUGAGCAGAGGGACCCUGCUGUGUCCCCAGGGUGAUGGAGGGAAGGGAAGGAGAGCAGAGAAAAAUGACCCAGACGGGGAUGUCGCUGUUCCCAGCCGUCCCUGCCCUCGCUGGACACUACCUGAUGCCUUCGCCUUUUCUUUUUCUAUCUUUCUCCGAGGAGGAGAUCCCGUGCAGGGGUGAAGGUGGCACAGCAUCAGUCCCACUGAGAAAUUCAAACCACACACUACAGGGACCGAGACGCUGGCAGCAUGUGCUGGGAGGAGGAUGGAGGGCUGCGCCAUCGGGCUGCUGUCGCCCACGGGAGAACGUCUCUCACUAAAGAUACCCAGGACAGGCUGUAUCCACAGCCGCAAUGGUUAUUUAUUUUUAAUUUCAUUUUUUUGUUUGUUUGUUUGUUUGUUCUCGGUAUAUAUUUAUCAUCAGCUGCAAAAUUACUGGGUGGGGAUUUAGAGGAUGGUGUUAGAAUUAAUUAAUUCCUUCUGGGCUAACCUGCAACUGAACUCCUGCUCUGGGGCUGCUGAAAAAAAAAAAAAAUAAUACAACCAGAAACACAAAAAAAAGCAGCAUUGGUGGAGCCCCCCCGCCGCCAUGCAAACCCCAACCCUGGGGGCUGUCGCUUCCUGAGGGGCUGAGGCUGGGAGAGGAGCAGCCUGGGGGCUGCCAGGACACAAGCCCCUUCCUUGCAGCCGGCUGUGCCGGCACGGCGUCUUCCCGGCAAAGUGGGGAACCCUCCCCCCCCUUUUUUUUUGAGGGGGGUGAUCUAAGGGUGGGAACCUGACACGGUGACAGGAACUGGUCCUUUGGCAUCCUCUUUGAUCCGACUUCCCACCCUGGGGAUCCCCCCAGGGAAAAAAAACUGCUGGCAUAGGGUGGGCGACUGCUGGCAGUGACACUUGGGGGGGGCCCCCCGUCCCCAAAAAAACCCCACCUCCCUGGGCUCCCCAGGGCCGGCCGAACCCCUCCGGGCCCGGCGGGCAGUUUUCUCAGGGAGGGUGUGAAUUUGGGAGGGCACGGGGGGGGUGUCCUGCCCAGCAUUGCCACCGAGGAAGGGGGGGAAGAGGUCGCGUCGCUUUUCUUUCUUAAGUGCAAUAAAUCUAUCAGGGAGCACUGGGGGAGGCCAUGGUGGGGAGACUGGGAUGAGGGGGGGCUGCUGCGGUGCUGACACUAUGGCUGGGGGCUGGCGGCCAUCAAUCUGCUGGUGUUUGUCAUUUCUUUCUGUCGUGUAUUUUUGUUAACGCUGUUUUCUAUUAAACGAGAUCUGCAUUCAUCA